AUGCUACUAAACCUGUUACCAUAUCGUUGAUGCGACUUUACUGUUUUGAAAAGGUAUUAAUAUUAAUUUGUUGCUAUAUUGCAGCAAAGAAAAAUACGUUAUUAAUAAGUUAUUUCUAAAUUUAAAGGAUUAGAAAAAUCUAAUCGCGUUGAGAGAAAAUUGAAUAAUAAAUGGAAAAAUGCCUCAGAUACCAAAACAUAGGAAAAUUAAAAGAGUUACAGUGCUCACUAAAAAGACACAGUUUCUAAGAAAUUAUCUAAAACUUAAAUCUUAUAAUCCAUUGUGUGAAAAAUUAAGAAGUAAUAAUUACUCAUUAGCAAAAGCAUUAUCUAAAGAAAAAGAAAAGACUCAGUUAUUGUUUUCUCAAAAUGUUGCUUUGGUUGCUGAGGUACAAGAUUUAGGUUCAGCAUGUAGCAAAAGCAGUGCUGUAAUAUCAAAUGUUUUAAAAAAUGCUAAAGAUAUGCUUACAAUGAUAGUAACAAUGACUGGUUACUUAACUAAUACCAUUUCAACGUGUCAAGAAUUUGUAGCAUCUUCUCCUGCAAAUUUACGAAUGUCUUCUAAUUCUACUGGAACAAGUAUUUUAGGAGAUGGAAGUAGAAGAUUAUCCCCGAAAGCUCCAACUAAAGGAGUUGUGAAGCCUAUGGUGAGCGGUCACACCAUUACAAAACCUACCAUUAAUUUAAGUAGGGUAAAUAUGCAACAUAUUAAUAAUUCCUCAAGCUUAAGUAUAAUACAAGAGGUAACAUCACCCCCUGGAAAUCGAGAAUCAAACAGUCCAAGGUCUUCUGGUCAUGUAACUAUGAGGCAACGUAGAAAUGAAGACGCCCGCGUAUAUCGAAUGCCUGAAAGAUUAAAGGUUGCUUCACCAAGACUUAGUGAUGAAAGCGAACGACGACUAAGUAAAAGAAGUAACAGACGUUCUGGAAGAAUAUCUGGAAGACUAUCAGGAAGCCUUUCGAAAUCGAGAAAAUUAUCCGUGGGUAAUAGUACUCCUAACAGUACUCGUACUCGUAACAGCAUCGAAAAUUUUGAAAAUAUAGGAAACCCUAGAGUAAAACUUAACGAUGUAUCAAAGUUAUUGCAAAAUUCUCAAAGUAUUAACAUUCGAAUGUUGACGGAGAAUCGAAAUAGUGAAGAAAAUGAUACUUUAGAGAAUAACGACAGUGUAAAUCUAGAAGAUUCUCAAACAAACAGCGAAACACCAGAAUCGUCACCUGAUAAUUCAAAAAAUAAUAGUAAUAAAACUAUUGGAAACGAAAAUAAGGAAAUUUGUAAUAACAAAGAUGGUACUUCAAAGACGCAAGAAAAUAUUAAUAGAACACUAAUUCCAUCGGAUUUGGAGGAUCCUCUCGAAGGACCAAGUUGGUUAUUUAAUAAUUCUUCUUCCGUGCCUUCAAUCAAGUAUAACAUACAACAUACGUUUCAUUCGUUUGGAAAUAAGGACAAAAAGACUGACGAAGUAAAUAUUUCUAAUAAUGAUAGUAUGGAUAUAACUUUAAAAGCAACUGAAUUAAGUGAUUCCUCGGAUAAUGAAAACAGUAUGCAGGAAAUUUCGCGGUUAUCACUAACGAACAAACGGGAAAGGUAUAAUUUAAAAAAAGAUAAAGAAAUAAAUAAUGAAAAUGAAUACCAAGUUGUUCAACGGAAUAUAAACAACGAUACUUUUGAUAAUACAACUUCGACUGAUUUAACGAUUACAAACGAGGACGAAUAUAAAUUAGAAAAUGAAGCCGCAGUAAAUUUUUCAAAUUUUGUUACGCAAAGGCGAGUUUGUUUAAAAGACGAGGAAGAAGAUGAUUUUACCUUAAUGUACAUGCGAGAACCGAACAUGAAUUUUGAUAUAAGCGAUUUAAAAUUACCAGUUUUAGAACAAUCAGCACUGAAGCCAAUUGUUCCGGUUGAACCAGAACCGGAAAUAACCACUAGUAUUAAGUUAAUGCCUCAAAUUGGUCCUCUUCCAUCUGCUUCGAACGAUAGUUUAAACGAAUCUAUAUUUGAUCGAUCAACAGUAAAACUGCCGGUAUUGAAUGACAAUGAGAAUAAAAAAAAAAAGAAGAUGAAAGUCAAGAAUCGAACUUCAAGGGAGUCUUCUGAGUUUGUUGAAAGUACACCGCCAGGUGACGGGAAGAGUACUACGAAGAAAAAAAGUAAAUCCGUAAAUAAAGAUCCAAGUGCCGCUAAAGUAGUGUUACAAAAAUUGAACGAGUACGAUGUUAAAUCUAGAACACCUUCUCCUGAGGUAUCACUUUCUCAAGAUUCUGCUAAAUCUUUAAGUCCGUAUUCGAGAAUGGAGAACUCGAGUGAUUCAGAAAACAGUAAUACAAGUAUAAACAGUAUGUAUGCAUUGAAUCGCCCUAGACGAAAAAGAGCUCCGACUGUACUUUAUGAACCAAGUUUAAAAUCGAAAUUACGAAGGAAUUAAUGUACCACGAAUGAUGAUUAAAGAUACGUUAUGUGUUUUUGAAACACAUUUCAUAAUGUACAUAAAGUGUCAAUUCAUGUGACAAAUAAAUACAUCCGCAAGAAUACAGGAAUUAAAACAAUUUAAUUGUGGGAAUAUAAUCAUAAUAUAAAUUACAUUUGUUUUAUAAACUGUUCAGCUUCCAUUGUUGCGCACAUUUUUGUUAUAUUCACUGUUAAUUAUUUACAGGAGAUCGACAUGUCUUAUUAUGAUCAUCUUUCUAAUAAUUUGGCUUCCUUUAGUAGUAUUGUUCGUACAUUGUACUUUUUGUAUCCUUAACUAAUGUUAUAACGAAUAAAUACAAAUUUGUAAACCUUUAA